CUGAAACCCAAUUUAGUGGACCCAAUCCUGUAUCGUGUCCUGUUCACAGGGAACCAAGCUCCCAAACCAGAGGUCAUCUUCAAGCUGGAGCAAGGAGAGGGCCCAUGGACACUGGAGGAGGAAAGCCCACAUCACGGCUGCUCAGAUGUGUGACCUGAGUAGCUGGGGGACGUGGAGUAGAUCUGCUUUUCUAGGAGCUGAUGCCUUUGAAAGGCUCUGAAGGUAAUCUGUCUGGAAGGUUCUAAGAGCGCCCGUGAUUCCUUUCCCAGAGUUCUCCGCGCCACGAAGCGCCCGCCUGGAGCUCGGGGCACUUUGUGUUGGCUGCAGCCGUUAUAACAAAGUGUUGGCAGCGCCGGCGGAGUGACCAGGGGUUCCUCCUGGCGGGAGCCGGCGGCACUGGUGGCAGUGGUAUCGCCGCCAUAACUUCACGGCUCCCCUUUACCAGCCCCCGAAGUCGCCGCGGAAGCGAGGCCGCGGCCGCCGCCAGAAGCCAGAGGCUCAGCCGGCUAACGGAUGGCGAGCAGCAGCGGACCCAAGGCCGAUUUCAUUGUCGGAGGGAGAUACAAACUGGUACGGGAGAUCGGGUGUGGCUCCUUCGGGGACGUUUAUUUGGCGAUAGACCUCACCAACCACGAGGAAGUGGCAGUGAAACUAGAAUCACAGAGUGCGAGGCAGCCCCGGUUGAUAAACGAGAAGGAGCUCUAUAAUGUUCUUCAAGGUGGGGUUGGCAUCCCCCAGAUACGGUGGUAUGGUCAGGAAACGGACUAUAAGGUGCUAGUCAUGGAUCUUCUGGGACCCAGCCUUGAAGACCUCUUCAAUUUCUGUUCAAGGAGGUUCACGAUGAAAACUGUACUUAUGUUAGCUGAACAGAUGAUCAGUAGACUCGAAUAUGUGCACACACAGAAUCUGAUACACAGAGACAUUAAACCGGAUAACUUCCUAAUGGGUACUGGGCAGCAGUGGAAGAAGUUAUUCCUUAUUGAUUUUGGUUUGGCUAAGAAGUACAGAGACAGCAGGACAGGGCAACACAUAUCGUACAGAAAGGGUAAAAGUCUCACUGGCACGCCUCCCUAUGCUAGCAUCCGUGCACAUCUUGGUAUUGAACAGAGUCGCCGAGAUGACAUGGAAUCAUUAGGAUAUGUUUUGAUGUAUUUUAAUAGAGCCAGCCUGCCAUGGCAAGGACUAAAGGCUGCAACGAUGAAGCAAAGAUGUGAAAAGAUUAGCGAAAUGAAGAUGGCCACACCUGUUGAUGUUUUAUGUAACGGAUUUCCUGUAGAAUUUGCCAUGUACUUUAAGCAUUGUCGUGGGCUGUCCUUUGAGGAAGCCCCGGAUUACACAUACCUGAGGCAGCUAUUCCGCAUUCUUUUCAGGACCCUGAAUUACCAACAUGACUAUGCAUUUGAUUGGAUAGUGCUACAGCAGAAAGCAGCACAGCAGGCUGCCUCUUCAAGUGGGCAGGGUCAGCCGGCCCAAACACCUACAGGCAAUCAGACUGACAAAAUCAAGAGUGAAGUGAAAGGUUCAUAAGCAGGAAUCAAGGAACAGAGGACACAGAACAGGAGACUCGAGCAGCAAAUUCAUUUCCCUCUAAACUGGCUCUGGUCAGCAGAGAUGGUCUCCUCUGGGCUGAAGGCUCUGUCAUUAGUGAAACAUGGUAUCCAGUUUUCUAUUUCACUUUUUCAAGUGGAAAAGUUCACUAAACGCUUGACACACACAAAAUUGGUGGGGAAAUUGUGCCUAUGCCAAUUUUAACUAAAUUCUUUUAUUUUGAACUAUACUGCUUUGAGAGAUCUCAUUUCAGAAGAAUAGCCUGUACAGUUGCUAUGGUUGUUAAUGCAUUCUGAAGGUUUAUCCAUCCCUGGGGUUUGCAGGUUGUUCACUUAAAACAUUCUUAACAUGGUUGACUUCUUGUUUGCAAGCCAGCUGAUAUGGUCGUAAUCAAGAUUCCAAGUUUGAGCAUAUGAACGACUCUGCUUGCUUACUUGAGCUGGAAAUAACAGCCUCUGAAGUGAAGACUUAAGAAAAACUUAGGGACUACUAGAUUAUCCUCAGGACUCGGCGUCAACUCUAUAAUGUUCUUGGUAUUUAAAAAACGCGUGUUUGUCACAGAAUUUUAGUUAACAUCUUAAACUGAACAUGUAUAUAUGUUGCUUACAUAAACGUAGUCACUGUAAACAUCAACAUGACCUGGGA